CCCUUCGCUUCGCUCCGCUCCGCUCCUCCCUCCUCCAAUUUCCACCGAUCGGAUCCGGUACCACCGCUCCCCCAAGUUGUUGCCGGAGGCGAUUUUUUUGGUGUGUGAUGGUCGACGGGUGAAUGCAGCAGCGGCACCAGCGGCGAGGAGGAAGGGGCAGCAGCAGCAGCAGCAACGACGAUGAUGGUUGGCCUCGUUCAGCUGCUGGUGGCCUUCGUCGUCGCCUGGGAGGCCAUCGAGCUGGUCCUCCGCCACGGCCUCCUCCUCUCCGCGCUCAAGUUCAUCCUCGCCGCCGCGGUCGUCGUAGCCGCCUCCUGCCUUGCCCUCCUGUUCCUUGCCAGGGCUGUGGCCUGGGUUCUUCGACACACGGCCAAGCUCUCGAUCGGAUGCCGCUCCUUUGGCUUCAAUUAUCUUAGGGACAUCACCAUUAAUUCCCCAAAGGGUGUUGUUGAUUCCAUUUGUAUAGGUGAAAUUAGACUUGGCCUGCGAAGACCACUCACCCACCUGGGAUUUACCAUACUAACACAUGGCCCUAUCCUGCAACUACAAAUCUCUGCCCUGGACAUUGUGCUCCGGCAACCUGCGAAAAACGCAAACAAGAAGAAACCUCCCCCUCGCAAAUCAACCUCGACCUCACCGGCAAAGGCAAAAGGAAAAUCAAAAGGGCAAGCGAAAUGGAGGCUUAUAACAAACAUUGCCAGUCUUUUGUCGCUUUCUAUAGUGGAGCUGAGGCUCAAGGCUCCAAAAGCUGCUCUUGGCAUCAAGGACCUCAAGAUUGAUUUAUCAAAAACGGGAGGGUUGGAUCCAAUUCUUAAUGUUGAAAUACACAUCUUGCCUUUAUUUGUGCAAGCAUUAGAGCCAGAUGGCAUCGACAACAGUACAUCAGUAUUUAGCAAAUUGGAUUGGUGGGUCAGUGGACAAUAUUGUUCAGCCAUGGACACAGCUGACUGUAGCUCUUUCUUGUUUGAGGAUAUAGCACUCUUGUGUGAUCUUCAUCAGAGGGGUAAAGGCAUUGGAGUCAAGAAUUUGGAUUUGAUAUCUGGCCCGGUUGUUGUGAACUUGGAAGAAAAGCUAUUCACCAAGAAGAAGCUGUCUGCUUCCACAGUUGCUGACAAGUCAGACGAACCUGCCACGGAUGUUAAGUCAGCUACUAAAUCUGAAGGAAGCAAACUUUCAUCAUUCAAUAAGAAGAUUGAUUUACUUCCUGAAAAGGUUAGCUUCAAUAUGUCCAAGCUAGAUCUGAAGUUUUUGCCAAAGGACCAUGGCCUCUCGAUCAACAAUCAAAUUGGCAGCAUCUCCGUAAGACUUGUGAAAUCACAACUGCACAGUGACUUUGGGGAGGCAGCACACCUUCAGCUGGCAACUAAUGUGUCUGAUAUUCAUCUUCUAAUGGAUGGUGCCACGUCUGUAUUAGAGGUUGUGAAAAUUGCAACAGUUGUCUCAGCAAACAUUCCCAUUCAGUCAACAUCACCAAUUCGAGCUGAAGCUGGUAUCAAAAUUAGUGGCAGCCAAUGUAAUCUCAUUAUAAGCAGAAUAAAGCCAUUGAUUCCAUUAAAUUCAGCAGAAAAGAAACCCCUUGUUCUUAGUGAAAGUUCAACACAAGAGAAGACACCCAAAGAAAAGUUAGCAUUGGAUUUGGUAUUUACACUCUCAGCACCUGAGCUGACUAUUGUGCUCUACAGUCUUGAUGACAUACCACUGUACAAUUGUUGCUUGAUGUCUACUCAUAUUGCCGCAAGUAAGACGGUAAACCAAGGAACUGAACUGCAUGCAGUGCUUGGUGAAUUAAAUUUGCUUGUUGUUGGAAAACAUCAGCAGUCAAUAAAAGAACGGAUCUCGAGCACCUUAUUGCAGAUUAGCCGCACUACUCUUGAUCUGGAGCAAAAGGACCCAAGCAAAGAUAAUGGCUUGGACAAUCCAAAAUCUGCUCUUUCUCUCAAUGUAUCUGGAAUCAGAACGAACUUCUGUUUUUACUAUCUUGAGCUACUUUGUACCACUGCAAUGUCUUAUAAGGUAUUUUUGAAAAGCAUUCACCCUCCUAAGAAGCGACCUGUACAGGGCACCUCUAAAAAAUCUAGCAAGAAUGCUAAAGCAACACAGAUAGUCAAGAUUAACGUCGAACAGUGCUCUGUUUUGUAUAUUGGUGAAAUGAGACUUGAAGAUAUGACUAUAGCAGAUCCCAAGCGUGUUAAUUUUGGUUCACAAGGUGGCCGUGUUGUGAUAAUCAAUGAUGCUGAUGGUUCCCCAAGGAUGGCCUAUGUCAACUCAACCAGUCAUCCAGAUCAUAAGCACAUUAAUUUUUCUACUUAUCUUGAGAUUAAUCAAAUUGGUGUAUGUCUGAACAAGGAAAAGCAAUCCAUGCAGGUUGAGCUUGGAAGAUCCAGAUUAACACAUAAAGAAGACCAACUUGAUGAUAGUCCUGCAGAGGAGGUUACGCUUUUCGAUGUGCAAAAGGUGAAGUUCGUCCGGCGCUCUGGUGGGUCAAAUGACAGUGCAGUCUGCGCGCUCAUAAAUGUAACAGAGGUAGCAGUCAGGUGGGAACCUGAUCCCUAUCUAGAAUUACUUGAAGUAGCCACUCGACUCAAAUCCAUUCUGCACAGGAUCAAACUCCAAAUUUCUGCUACUGAGAUAAAAGAUGAUGCAGUGUACACAGAUACUUUGACAAAGAAGGAUUCACUAACAGAACAUGGACAGCAAGAAAAGCCUCAGAAGAAACGAGAAUCAGUUAUUGCUCUUGAUGUAGAAUCUUUGAGAAUUUCAGGUGAACUUGCUGAUGGAGUUGAAGCAAUGGUUCAUGUUGGCUCCAUUUUUUCAGAGAAUGCAAAGAUUGGUGUUUUGAUUGAAGGAAUACUAGUUAGUUUUUGCGGUGCACGAAUUUUCAAAAGCAGUCGCACGCAGAUAUCACGCAUCCCAGUUUCCAUUUCAGACAGCCUACCUGAUAAGAAAUUGCAGUCUGCAGCUACAUGUGAUUGGGUUAUUCAAUGUCGUGAUGCCUAUAUAUGCCUGCCUUUUAGGUUGCAACUGCGGGCUAUAGAUGAUGCAGUUGAAGAUACAUUGCGGGCUCUUAAAAUUAUUUCUGCAGCAAAAACGUCCAUUUUAUUUCCUGAGAAGAAAUCUAGCAGUAGCAGCAGCAGCAGCAGUAGCAGCAAAAAGAGCAAAUCAAAAUCAACAGCAUUUCGGUAUGUAAGGGUCAUGGUACGUGAUCUUGUAGCAGAAAUUGAAGAAGAGCCUAUCCAAGGUUGGCUUGAUGAGCAUAUCCAUUUAAUGAAGAAUGUAUUUAAUGAGUCCACAGUAAGGUUGGAUUUACUUGAUGAGCUUGCUUCACCCAAACACAAAGACUCCCCCAAGGCAAAAUUGGAUGGCUCUUCUGAAAAGAAAAGUGACUGCCCUGAGGUUGAUGGUGAUGCACCUGAUGUGUGUUCAUUUGAAAAACUCAGAGAGGAAAUAUAUAAACAGGCAUUUCAAUCUUAUUACUCGGCAUGCCAGGAAUUGAAGGUGUCAGAAGGGUCAGGCUCAUGUUCUAGUGGCUUCCAGUCGGGUUUUAAGAUGAGUACUCGCAGAUCAUCAGUUAUGUCAGUCUGUGCAAAAGAUGUUGAUGUGAGCCUAUCAAAGAUUGAUGGGGGGGAUGAAGGAAUGAUUGGUUUUGUUAAAACUGUGGAUCCUGUUUGUGCAAAAAAGGAUAUUCCGUUUUCCCGGCUGUAUGGUAGCAAUUUUACUUUGAAAGCUAAAUCCUUAUCAGUGUACUUAAGAGACUACUCAUUUCCACUCUUUUCUGGGACCUCUGCUAAAUGUAAAGGACGACUUGUCCUGGCUCAGCAGGCAACCACUUUCCAACCUCAAGUUCGACAAGAUGUUUAUGUUGGGAAGUGGUGGAGAGUAAAUCUGUUACGCUCUGCAACUGGUUAUACACCACCGAUGAAAACAUAUGCUGACCUACCGCUGCAUUUCCAGAAAGGAGAAGUUUCCUUUGGAGUUGGGUACGAGCCAGUUUUUGCUGAUGUGAGCUAUGCUUUUACCUGUGCUCUACGUAGGGCCAAUCUAGCUAAAAGAUGGUUUUUUGAGCGACCUGAACCCCCUAGAAGAGAACGCAGCUUACCAUGGUGGGAUGAUAUGCGGAACUACAUUCAUGGGAAAUUUCGCUUGGAUCUUGCUGAAACAAAGUGGCAUCUCCCUGCUAAAACGAGCCCUUAUGAGAAGCUAGAUCAAAUGUUGCUCACAUCUGACUAUAUGGAAAUAUGUUAUGUGGAUGGUUAUGUCAGUCUGUCUUCAAAGUACCUAAAGGUGUACCUAAGCAGCCUAGAGAGCCUCGCAAAGAAAUCCAGUCUGGAAACUCCAUAUCAUGAAGCAAUACCUUUCCUUGAAACCCCCUCCUUUUUCAUGGACAUUUCGAUUCAGUGGGGAUGUGAUUCAGGUAACCCAAUGGAUCAUUAUUUGUUUGCUCUUCCUGUGGAGGGAAAACCGCGGGACAAAGUUCUUGAUCCAUUUCGCUCAACUUCUCUUUCACUCAAGUGGAGCUUUUCACUUAAACCUUCUACAGCUGAACCUGUGAAGCAUCAACAGAGUAUUCAAGCAGUUUCAAAUAAUUCUCCGACCGUGAAUGUUGGAGCUCAUGAUUUAGCCUGGCUAAUGAAGUGGUGCAACCUAGUUUUUCUUCCCCCGCACAAACUUAGACUGUUUUCCAGGUUUCCACGCUUUGGAGUUCCUAGAUUUAUACGGUCUGGAAACCUACCACUUGACAGAGUUAUGACCGAACAGUUUAUUCGUUUUGAUGCUUCGUUAUUGCAGAUCAAUAAUACGCCGCUACAGGCUGAUGAUCCUGCUAAGGGUUUGACACUUCACUUCACAAAGUUUAGGCUUGAAAUUGCUUUCAGUCGUGGGAAGCAGAUAUUUACAUUCGACUGCAAGCGUGAACCUCUUGAUCUUGUCUACCAGGGCAUAGACCUUCACUUGCUGAAAGUCUUUAUCAACAAAACUCCUGAACCAUCAACUUCUAAGGAUGCUCAGGUAGAAAAUAAGAGCCUGCCUAUGAAAGCUACAGAUAGUCCUGGCAAAAAGAAAACCAGUUCAACUGAGAAAAUCCGAGAUGAUGGAUUUUUUCUGUAUUCUGAUUAUUUCACAAUACGAAAGCAAACUCCCAAGGCUGAUGCUGCUAGAUUAUCUGCAUGGCAGGAGGAUGGCAGGAAAAAAUCAGAUAUGCCAUUGGUUAAGUCUGAGUUUGAUGGGGGGGAUGAAAGUGAUCAUGCACAGUCAGGUAGUGAUGAGGAGGGAUUCAAUGUUGUAGUUGCUGACAGUUGUCAGCGAGUGUUUGUGUAUGGAUUGAAAAUUCUAUGGAAUCUAGAAAACAGGGCAGCUAUCGUCUGUUGGGUUGGUGGUUUAACCCAAGCAUUUCAACCUCCAAAACCAUCUCCUUCUCGCCAAUAUGCCCAAAGAAAGAUUCUCGAGAAAAAACAGUCAGCUAAAGAAGCUGAGGUGUCCAAUGAUGGCACUCUCAACUCUCCACUCGCAUCACAACCAUCAGAUCCUCCAAAACAGACCAAGGGUUCAGAACCACCUUCCAGCGGAUCCAGCAAGCUAGAGUCAACAUCAAGUAGUGACACUGCAAUGAAGCCCUCCAACAGUACUGAUUCUGAAGACGAAGGAACAGGGCAUUUCAUGGUUAAUGUUGUGCAACCUCAAUUCAAUUUGCAUUCAGAAGAAGCAAAUGGUAGGUUUCUGCUGGCUGCUGGUAGUGGGCGGAUAUUAAUCCGUUCAUUUCACUCAAUUGUACAUGUUGGUCAAGAAAUGUUUGAGAAAGCACUUGGUUCCAGCAACAUAUCCAUUGGAGGAGAGACCAGGCCUGAAAUGAGUUGGUCACGUUAUGAGGUUUCUGUAAUGUUGGAGCAUGUUCAGGCUCAUGUCGCUCCCACUGACGUUGAUCCUGGUGCUGGUAUUCAGUGGCUACCCAAAAUCCACCGUAGAUCAUCUGAGGUUAAACGAACCGGUGCUUUACUUGAGAGGGUAUUUAUGCCAUGCCAAAUGUAUUUCCGCUACACAAGGCACAAGGGAGGAAACCCUGAGCUAAAGGUCAAGCCACUGAAAGAGUUGGCAUUUAACUCGCCAGAUAUAACUGCUGGUAUGACAUCACGUCAAUUUCAGGUUAUGAUGGAUGUUUUGACUAAUCUUCUCUUCGCAAGAACCCCAAAACCUCAGAAGAGCAACCUUUCCUAUCCCCUAGAUAAUGAUGACGACGAUGACGACAUUGGAGAAGAGUCUGAUGCAGUUGUACCAGAUGGAGUGGAAGAGGUAGAAUUAGCAAAGAUUGAUGUUGAAAUAAAAGAAAGAGAAAGGAAGAUACUUCUUGAUGAUAUCAGAACUUUAUCUGUUGGUAAUGAAAUAUCUGCUGAUGAGACCCAGACCCCAAAGUCUAAUGAUGCUACAUGGAUUGUUACUGGAUCAAGAGCAAGUCUGGUAAAAUUUCUGAAGAAGGAACUCGUGAAUGUUCGCAAUGGUAGGAAAGAGGCAUCUUCUUUGCUGAGAGUUGCUAUGCAGAAAGCUGCACAGUUAAGGCUAAUGGAAAAGGAAAAGAACAAAAGCCCUUCAUUUGCCAUGAGAGUUUCAAUGAAGAUAAACAAGGUUGUCUGGAGCAUGUUAGCAGAUGGAAAAUCAUUUGCUGAAGCUGAGAUAAAUGAUAUGAUUUAUGAUUUUGACCGGGACUAUAAAGACAUUGGCAUUGCUCAUUUGACAACCAAGUUGUUUGUUCUAAAAAAUGGACUUACUAAUGCAAAAUCGGAUACUGUUCUGUCACCGUGGAAUCCACCUUCUGAAUGGGGCAAAAAUGUAAUGCUGCGUGUUAAUGCUAGGCAAGGGGCUCCUACUGGUGGUAACUCAGUAAUAGAGAGUCUCCUGGUUGACAUCUAUCCGCUGAAAAUUUAUUUGACUGAAGCAAUGUACAGAAUGAUGUGGGGAUAUUUCUUCCCUGGUGAUGAACAGCAUCCGCAAAAGCGGCAGGAACUUUUCAAAGUCUCCACAACAGGAGGGACACGACGAAAGAAAAGCAUGUCUGUUGCUGAAACGAACAGUCCCAGUAAACAGUCAUCAAAAGACUCCACGCUUCCACAAAAGCCUGAACUUCGAAGGACAUCUUCAUUUGACAGAACAUGGGAGGAAACUGUUGCUGAAUCUGUAACCAACGAACUUGUUUCACAAAUUCAGAGUCAGUCGAAUGAAUCUCAAGAUGCUGCUAAAGACGCCAAGUUAGUACGAUCUGCUCGCUCUACUCGUGAAGAGAAGAAAAAUAUAGAGCCUAAUGAGGUGAAGCAAACUAGACCACAAAAAUUGAUGGACUUCCAUAACAUAAACAUAAGCCAGGUUGAAUUGCUGCUCACGUACGAGGGAUUGCCGUUUGCUGUUAGUGAUGUAAGAUUAUUAAUGGAUACCUUUCAUCGUGAAGAUUUUACUGGAACAUGGGCAAGACUGUUUUCACGAGUCAAGAAACACAUUAUAUGGGGAGUACUGAAGUCAGUAACCGGCAUGCAGGGUAAAAAAUUUAAAGCGAAAUCCACUAGCCAAAAAGAGCCAACUGCAAGUUUAAUUGCUGCCAAUGAUUUUAAUUUGAGUGACAGCGAUGGCGAUGAAGCUGGUGGUUCUGAUCAACUGCCGGCCUUCCUUAAAAAAACUAAUGAUGGAGCUGGUGAUGGCUUUGCCACUUCUGUUAAGGGAUUAUUCAGUUCACAGAGAAAGAAAGCGAAGGCAUUUGUCCUGAAGACUAUGAAAGGAGACGCUGAUCAUGAUUUUCACGGUGAAAGGAGUGAGAAUGAAAUUGAGUUCUCUCCAUUUGCUCGACAAUUGACUAUAACAAAAACAAAGAAGCUUAUACGACGGCACACGAAGAAGUUUAAGUCCAAAGUUCCUAAGAGUGCAGCUACUCUGCAAGAGCACGGAUUGGAGCUGCCACCUCGCGGCCCUACUGGGAACCAGACAGACUCCUCUUCUUCCGAUGAUGAUGAUUCAUCACCAGCGGAAACGAGUCCAAAAGAUUAAAGAUUAAGCCAGCACUGGCUCACAACACUUUGGUGGUAGCUCUUUCAAUACCUGGCUUUGAGCAUAGUAAAAUGCUUCAGACCUCCAGUAGUUCCAGCUUGAUUUGGACAUUUUGGUCUGUUCCAGCUUGAUUUGGACAUCUUGGUCGAUGGGUUAAGAGCUAUGAAGCAUUUGAAUAUUGAAAAGAUUAUGUAGGAGUAUUUUCAGCAAUUUUGCCCACAUGAAUUCUUGAAAUAAGUUCUAGCAAUGAAGGCGACAAUGUUUAGACC